CCACGUGCGUGAUGCUUUCCUAUGCGUUGCAUCAGCUGUGAAUGAAAGUGUAGGUGCCGGGUGAUCGUACUUUAUUCCUUUAGCCGACAUGAAGCUCGUUGUUAGUGAGGGAAACCCGCAUGGGGUUAAGGUGCUGGCAGCUGCCGCUCUCUGGGCCACAAAUGUUGAGGUCCAAAGGCUGCAACAAGAAGAAAAGGUUGUGCCCUUUCUGUCACAGCCGAAACUGCCAGCCCUGCAACUAGACAAUGGAAACUUCCUCUUUACAUCCAACGCGAUCUGUAGGUACUUUUUCUUGUCAUCUGGGAAGGACCUUACUGACCUAAACAAUCAGUGGCUGGAAUGGGAGUCCAUGGAGCUACAACCGUUGUUACUUGCCGCCCUACAUUCUCAUGUAGUUCAAGGAAAGAAAAAGGAAGAAGCCAUAGGAACCAUCCGCAAGGCAUUUGUCCAACUUGACCAGAGCCUUGCGCAGAAGAAUAGUGUCUAUCUUGUUGAUAAUGCUUUGUCUCUCGCUGAUAUUGUUGUAUGGGGCGCCAUCUACCCUCUUGUCUCAGAUGUGGCAAAUCUACCAGAAGAGCUAGCUGCUUUGAAGAGAUGGUUUAGCAACAUAAGUCAGCUGGAUGAGUGUAAGAAGGCUGCUGAAUCUCUGCUAAAGGGACAGGGCUCCUUGGCCUUCAAGCUGUACCUCCAGAAACUGCCUACACCGGUGAACCCAACUGACAAGCCUGCCUGCAAUGAACAAGAGGGUGAAGACUCUGCAGUCCAGAACCUGUCUGAGGAGGAAAUUGCUGCAGCUGCUGAAAUUUGGGCCAAAGGCCUUGUUGAUGCUCCUAAGCCGAAAGAAAGAUCACACCCUAUACUUCCUUUAGAGGGCGAGAAGAACGUAUUGAUCACGAGUGCUCUGCCCUAUGUGAACAAUGUCCCUCAUCUUGGGAACAUCAUUGGCUCUGUGCUGAGUGCGGAUGUCUUUGCCAGGUACUGUCGUCUUCGGAACUGGAAUACUCUGUAUAUAUGCGGGACGGAUGAAUACGGCACGGCUACGGAGACCAAAGCUAUGGAGGAAGGGCUGACCCCACAACAGAUUUGUGACAAGUACAAUGCUGUCCACACUUCUAUUUACCAAUGGUUCAAUGUAUCCUUUGACUACUUUGGCAGAACGACCACUCAACACCAGACAACUAUUGCCCAGGACAUCUUUAAUCGCCUCCGCGAGCGGAACUGUUUGCUGACUGACACAGUAGAGCAGCUCCGCUGUGAGAAGUGCCAGAGGUUCUUGGCUGAUCGAUUUGUGGAAGGAACCUGCCCUUUCUGCAAUUACGAGGAAGCCAGGGGCGACCAAUGUGACAAAUGUGGAAAGCUCAUCAAUGCAGUAGAGUUAAAGAGACCCCAGUGUAAAGUGUGCAAGCAAGCUCCAGUCGUCAAAUCUUCCAAGCAUCUGUUUUUGGAUCUUCCCAAGUUAGAGGAACGCCUUGAGAAAUGGCUGGACCAAUCUUUUGCCACAGGAGACUGGACUGCAAAUGCUCGCUUUAUAACACGCUCCUGGAUCCGUGAUGGCUUAAAACCACGGUGCAUUACUAGGGAUCUAAAGUGGGGCACUCCCGUACCGUUGGAUGGUUUUAGAGACAAGGUGUUUUAUGUGUGGUUUGAUGCUCCAAUUGGAUAUAUUUCUAUAACAGCCAACUAUACGGAUCAGUGGGAGAAAUGGUGGAAAAAUCCUCAGCAGGUCCAGCUUUAUAAUUUCAUGGCAAAGGAUAAUGUUCCUUUUCAUAGUGUGAUCUUUCCAUCGUGUCUCCUUGGUGUUGAGGAUAAUUAUACGUUGGUCAACCAUCUCGUAGCAACAGAAUACUUGAACUAUGAAGAUGGGAAGUUCUCAAAGAGCCGAGGUGUAGGAGUCUUUGGAGACAUGGCCAAAGAUACCGGUAUUCCUGCUGAUAUCUGGAGGUUCUACUUGCUGUAUGUGCGGCCAGAGGGACAGGACAGCGCCUUCAGCUGGAAUGACCUGAUGCUUAAGAACAACUCUGAGCUUCUUAACAACUUGGGCAACUUUGUCAACAGGGCUGGCAUGUUUGUACACAAGUUUUUUGAAGGGCGCGUCCCAGCCAUGGAACUUCUGGCAGAGGAUAAGAGGCUUCUCGCCCAAGUAAACGCCGAGCUUCAUCAAUACAACCGUCUCCUGGAAAAAGUCCGCAUCCGCGAUGCUCUGCGUUGUAUUCUGAACAUUUCUCGACAUGGAAACCAAUACAUCCAAGUAAAUGAGCCAUGGAAAUGCAUCAAGGGAACCAAAGAUGAGCAAAAGCGUGCAGGCACAGUAACUGGGGUGGCUGUAAAUAUGGCUGCUCUGCUGUCAGUCAUGCUCCAGCCGUAUAUGCCAACAGUUGGCAGCACUAUUCAGGAGCAGCUACUGAUGCCACGAGAAGCCAAAGUACUGACCAGCGACUUCUUCUGUUCUCUGUCUAGCGGGCAUCAGAUUGGCACCGUGAGUCCAUUGUUCCAGAAGCUGGAGAGUGACCAAAUCGAAUCCCUGAGAAAACGCUUUGGAGGUGGACAGCUGAAUGGUGAUAAUCCUGAGCUCCAGGUGAAACCAGAGACAAAGAAAGCUGAGCCCACUGCUGGCCCUGUGAUUGAAUCUACAAAGGCUGGUGACCCACAAAAACUGAAGGAGCUCCUGCAGGAGAUAGAGAAACAGGGCAACCAUGUCCGAGAGCUGAAAAGUAAGAAAGCUGAAAAAUCUACAAUUGAUGCUGAGGUUCAGAAGCUUCUUGGCCUAAAGAAAGAGUUGGCCCUGGCGGAAGGGAAGUCUCCGGACCCCCCUGCUCAGAAGGGCAAGAAAAAGAAGUAACAUCCGCUUGUGAGAUCUAUCGGUUACAGCAGAAACUUAAAACCGGGAACAUGAUUUUAAAUAAACAUAUUUGUGGAUA